CAAAACUUCCUAAUAAUGGUUUCGUCCGUCACAGUGAAAACCCCUUCGGCAAAUAUAUUGGUACAGUCCCCAUGCGCGCCAAAGUUUUGUAACAGUAAUGGCGUCGAAAGCAGGGCGUCGAGGGACGAAGCGCAAAGCGGAGGCUCCGGCUGAGGAGGAGAAACCCUCCUUGGAGAAGAAGGAGGACCGAGGAGACGGGGAGGACGAUCAGGAAGGCCAAAGGGUGGUCAUUGAACACUGUAAGAGCUGACGAGUGUAUGGGCGUAAUGCUGAGGAGGUGAAAUCUGCCCUCCUGGCUGCCCACCCUGGAAUUACUGUGGUCCUCAACCCUGAGAAACCCCGCAGGAACAGCUUCGAGAUCACUCUGCUGGAUGGAGGCAAAGAAACAUCUCUGUGGACUGGAAUAAAGAAAGGUCCGCCUCGUAAGCUGAAGUUUCCUCAACCUGAUGUUGUAGUUACUGCUCUACAGGAGGCUCUGAAGGCUGAGUAGACACCUAGUGAAGCCAAGAGUUCAGGAGAUGUGGCCCGUGGAAGCAGAAUGAUGAGGAGUGACCAAGGAGAUGUUCUCAGUCCCUCCUCUGAUGAUCUGAGCUCCAAGAGCUCACAUCCUCUGGAUACAUGGUGACACCUAGUGGAGCCUCUCUGCGCCAACACAUUUCUCAAAUGCAAAGUCUUCCUAUUUGUCAAUGGUUACUAUGCUUUUAUGUCUGUUUUGGUAAAUAAAGUAUUUCUUGUUGCUUA